CUGUAGCAGUUGUAUAGAUCAGUGUCAAACGGUUUGUAAUUUUCAUUUUGAAUUAAACAGCAAAAUGUCGGAAAAUGCAGUUGAAAGUACCGGAGAUGUGGCGUUGGACAACGCCGUUAAACAGUGGUUAGAGUUUGACAAGAACACCAAGACCGCGUCAUGCGUCCGGGAGAUGGUGAAGAUGGGAGCCAAAGAAGAGCUGCGCAAGUGUUUCGGUGCUCGGAUGGAAUUCGGAACAGCGGGGCUCAGAGCUGCCAUGGGUCCCGGUGUCUCUCGCAUGAAUGACCUCACCAUCAUACAGACCACUCAGGGCUUCUGUUGCUACCUGGAACAGUCUUUUACUGACCUGAAGCAGCGUGGCGUUGUGAUCGGGUUCGAUGCCCGGGAGCACGCGGCCAGCGGAGGGAGCAGCAAGCGAUUCGCCUCCCUGGCUGCGGCUGUGUUCACCAGUCGAGGAGUUCCUGUUUACCUCUUCUCGGUCUUCACUCCCACACCGUAUGUGCCGUUUACUGUGUCACAUCUGGGCCUCUGUGCUGGUAUCAUGGUGACGGCCUCCCACAACCCCAAACAGGACAAUGGAUACAAGGUAUACUGGGAGAACGGUGCUCAGAUCAUUCCUCCUCAUGAUAAGGGUAUUGCAGCGUCCAUAGAGGAACAUCUGGAGCCAUGGCCUGAAUCCUGGGACUCACAAGCUGCCCUAAAGAGCCCCCUGCUCAAAGACCCGUACCAGGAUAUACACAAAGAAUACCUGCAGUCCAUCCAGCAGCACUGCCUCCACAGGGACCUGAACAAGCGCUCAGAGGUAAAGAUCGUACACACCUCGGUUCACGGCGUGGGUCACGUGUUCGUCCAGGCCGCUUUCAAGGCCUUUGACCUUCAUCCCCCAUAUGCUGUUGAGGAGCAGAAAGAUCCUGACCCAGAGUUCCCCACUGUGGUGUACCCCAACCCUGAGGAGGGAGCAGGAGUGCUGAAUCUGUCUUUUGCACUGGCGGACCGAGAGGGAGCCACUGUGGUUCUUGCAAACGACCCUGAUGCAGACCGGCUGGCCAUGGCUGAAAAACAACCCAGUGGUGAGUGGAGAGUCUUCUCAGGUAAUGAGCUCGGCGCCCUGCUUGGUUGGUGGACGUUUCAGUGCUGGAAGCAGAAACAAGGGGAAAGUUUCAAGACCUCUGUGAAGGACGUCUACAUGCUGGCCAGCACCGUCUCCUCCAAAAUCCUUCGAGCCAUUGCGCUCAAGGAGGGCUUCCACUUUGAGGAGACUCUGACUGGAUUUAAAUGGAUGGGAAACAGAGCGAGGCAACUGCUGGAUCAGAAAAAGAAGGUUCUGUUCGCCUUCGAGGAGGCCAUCGGAUACAUGUGCAGCCCAGCAGUGCUGGAUAAAGAUGGUGUGAGCGCAGCAGCUAUCGCAGGAGAGAUGAUCUCAUACCUGGCCACCAAAAACACCUCCAUCUCUCGGCAACUAAAAGCCAUUUAUGAUGAAUAUGGCUACCACAUUACCAAGAACUCGUACUUCAUCUGUCAUGACCAGAACACCAUCAAGCAGCUGUUUGAGCGUUUGAGGAACUACGAGGGUGAGAACACCUACCCUAAAGAGUGCCAGGGCUUCGGCAUCUCAGCCGUUCGAGACCUCACAACCGGCUAUGACAGUAACCAGCCUGAUCACAAGGCUAUUCUUCCAACCAGUAAGAGCAGUCAGAUGAUCACCUUCACCUUUGCUAAUGGUGGAGUGGCCACCAUGCGCACUAGUGGUACCGAGCCCAAGAUCAAGUACUACACCGAGCUGUGCGCUGCUCCGGGAAACAGUGACCUGGAGCAGCUGAAGGAAGAGCUGAACAGCUUGGUGGACGCCAUUGUAAAGCAUUUCUUCCAGCCCGAGCAGAACAACCUGACACCUCAGCCCGAGUGAGACGGGGAUCCUCAAAUGGAAACAUGACCCAGGCUCAUAUUGAUUAACAGUUCUGAUCACGGAUCCCUCAGUGCCUCUUCACUACCUGUUCUGAUACUCUGGUUUUACUUCUGUUUUUCAUUUCCUUCCUUUACAACUCGACUCAACAUGACUGAGCUGAUAAACGGCAGCGACUGGUUGAUGGUACAGAAAACAUGUUUAAGCUUUGCCACUUGCAUCCAUGGUCCAAAUGAAAGUGAGAGCAAAUCCUAGAUCAACACUUUCAUUCCAAGCCAGACCCACCUUAAUAAGAAUAAACCCUCAAUGAGCAUUUUAUUAGGUACACUUAUCUGGUACGUCCAUUUAUUGAUUACCUUCACCUACAAUACAGAUGAAUGUACUUACCAGAUAGGUGUACCUGAUAAAAAUGAUGAUACCAGGAGGGUUAAACACAGUUGUGAGGAGGAAAAACCAUUGUCACAUCUUCACAUCUUUAUCCACAGUCUGGACAUUGUACAUAAUUACAUUGCAUUCCAUUAAGUAUCUGGACUUUCUCUAUUUAUAAAUCGUCUCUGCUGUAUUAGAAACAAAACCAACAGAUUUUGCAGAUGGGUGACAAAUGAAUGUAAAAUAAAUCAAUCUGUAGAGAAACAUGAAGAAAGUGUGAAGAUGCUUCCAGUGAGAUUGUGCUUUAGGAUACUAAACGAAAUAAUUAACAUUCUAUAAAAAUGUCCUUGUCCUAUUACCUGUACCUUUUUCAACAAGACCAAAGCUCUUCUGGCUGGAAGCUGGCAAGUCCUGUUUUCUUUAGGUGGAAGUUUUGUGCUAUACUUUAGUUUGCUUUAGUCGUUGUGGUUAUAAUAGCAGAGACUUAGAAAGCUGAUGCAAAUACAAAAUAAAUAAAAAGAGUUAAUUAUCAUUUCCUUUUUUUAACACUCGCUUUAUCUUGCUUAGGGUCCAGUUUCAUCAGGAAACACUGGGCACAAUGCAGGGCUUCGGCCACCUCCAUUCCUUCAUGUCUGUGUAGACGCCUGCCUGGGUUUGAACCUGGAACUCAGCGGUGUUGGGUUAGCGUUAGACUUUUGGGUUAGUGCAGACCCAAAAGUGCCAAACUGACCUGCAGUUUUAACACAUGAGUUGCUGUGAUUUCUGAGUGAAGCCUUAACGUUGCCAUUAAUAUUUGGUUAUGAAAAUGUUUUUAUUCUUGUCUAUUUUCAUGGCAGCUGAUGGAUAAUAUAUUAAAGCUGUUUAAUUAUUA